AAAUUUCAAGUUUGCGGUUUCUUCUAGAAGAACAAAUUUCACAAUCUUACUGUGCCUUUAAAUUUCUAAUCAUUGCUUCCAUUCGUUCUUCAACUAUCUUUGUGUAUCUGCUGGAAAAUCCGAGUUUUACGGCCACAAGGGAGUAUUUUUCUAACUAUGGACAUCAUCACAAUAAUUUGGGCUUUGAUCGGUCUAUUAUAUCUGGCCAUGUUAGUUGUGGGAUUUUUUCUUGAUGAGAAAUUAAGGGUUCUUGAGGAUCAAACUGAAUACUUAAUUGCCAGGAUACAUGAUGUUGGAGAUAUGUUAUCUUCUCGCAUUCACCGUGUUAAGAAUCCAAAAUUACGUAAUGAAGAUCUUAGCCGUUGGAUGUGUGAAGGGCAGGCUCUAGAGAAGAGCGUGAAGUACUUGUUAGGACAAAUUGGGGGUUGGAAAAGUCUGUUUACGAGUGUGAAAAUAGUAUGGGGUGUUGGCAAAUUGGUUAGUGAUUUGGAAAUCCAUAACAGAAAAGGUGAUGUGCUCAUUAGGGAUCUCUUGCGUGAUGCAAGAAGCUUAUGUCGUAGCUCUUAUUUACCGGUGAAACCUGUAGUUGGUCAAGUAGCUUCAAAUACUUUGAAGCAACUUGAGCUUCUUUUGCAAGAAGAUAAGGUUGGGAGGAUUGUCAUUCACGGGGUAGAAGGAGUUGGCAAGACUUUUUUGAUGAAACACUUGCACAAUAGUGCGUUACGGUGUGUUGAGAAGUUUGAUAAUGUGAUUUGGGUCACAAUUCCAAAUCAGUUUACUAUCAAAUGUGUGCAGGAUGUUGUUGCUGCUUUGGUAAACUGUGAUUUGACUAGUGAUAAUGACUUGAAUGCAAGGGCUAGAAAACUGUCAGAUAAACUUGCAAGUCUUGGUAGUUGUGUACUUUUCUUAGAUGGUGCUCUAGGAAAAGAUUUUUCUUUAGAUCAGGUUGGAAUUGAUCUAGUUCCAGUAGAAGGCAGCAAGUUCAAGCUAGUAUUAACUACGAGGUUUACCUUUGGAUGGAGAGUGCUGGAUCAUUUUGAAGCUGUCAAAGUUGAUAUCCUUCCAAAGGAUGAAGCAUACGAAUUAUUCAUCAAGGAAACUAAGAUGGGGAAAGUAUCACUUUCUUCCCUUGGUGGUAGUCCUAGUUUACUUGUUGAUAGGUGUGGUGGAGUUCCGCGUAUGAUUGUAAACUUAGCUACUAGGAUGUGCGGCAUAGAUGAUCAUCAUGAAUGGAGUAAUACACUCUAUGAGUUAGGAUUUCGGCUUCCAUUUGAGGUUUUAAAUAAUCAAAAAACGAACAUGGUUUCUUCCUCUUUUGAUUUUAAGCAUAUCAAUUCACAAGGGUUUUUGCCAAAUUCUCUUUGUAUUGGGGAGGGGGUUUUUAGAUGCCAAAGCUGUAUAUAUCAUUAAUUUGAGCUUCAUAAAUUUUGUAAUGUAGUAGUUAUCUAUUUCUUCAUCCAGCAGGAAUAUAGAAUUUUUAGAUUUUUUGUUAUCCCCUAUUUACUUCUCAAUUUUGUUGUUCAUCAGAAUUAUUUGGAUUUUUUCCGAGUAAAGGAAUAGCCUUAGACAGAGGUAAAGGGGUUUUAAGAUGCAGCAAGAACUCUUGGGAAGGUAGAAUUGUAUUUGUACUUAUUCCUAACUAGCCAAGACUAACAAGGGAGCUGGCUUUGACAUUCCAAUAUAUUUUUGUUGAAUGAAAUUUCUAAGAUUUCUAAUUUGCAAAUG